CCCCAGCAUUCGGGAGAAAACAUGGCGGCCGCCGUGGCAAGGAGGGUGACCGGGCUGCUGAGGCCGCUGUCGGUCUCUCUGUGCUCCAAGGCACCGCAACUCUGUAAGCUAUCCGUUCUCAUCCAGUCACCGCCGGUCUACAGCUCUGCCGCAGCCGCUGUCCGCGCUCCUCUGCGGGCUGCAGUUUGUCUGACGCCCCGGUACAACAUCCUACAACGGGUAUCAGCACUUAUUCCCAGUCUGACUCAACAACCAAGCAGAAGUCUGACGUAUGUCAGUCUGAAGAAGGGGAAGAGGAAGUCUGUUCAAUCUGUGAAAGACAGGUUCAUGAGACUGCAUUGUGACCUUUGGAUCAGACGCAAGGCUGGAUACAAGAAGAAACUGUGGAAGAAGAGUCCUGUCCGACGAAAGCGCCUGAGGGAGCAUGUAUUCUGUAACAAAACACAGAGCAAGCUUUUGGAUAAAAUGACCACCUCUUUUUGGAAAAGGAGGAACUGGUUUGUUAAUGAUCCAUACCUGAAGUACCACGAUCGGGUCAACCUCAAACUGUAAUUUUCUUAUUCAUGUAUUGACAUCUUGUUUUCUGUUUGAAUAUAAUGAAAUAUGACAUACGUAAUAAAAUCAUAUAUCUUAAAUUGUUCU